AUGGCCCGCUCUCUCUUCUUGACCGGUGCUGUGCUCCUUUGCAGCGGUGCGCUUUUCACGGCCUUCGUGGCCGCACCCCGUGCUGCUCCGGCCCCAACCGCGCCGCAUGCCACCACAGCAGCCCUGAGCGCCAUCACACUGGUGGCCCCGCAGGCAGCACACGCCGAGGCAGACGGGAAGGACAUUGGUUUUCGCAAGGGCGGUGCCGUGUGGAUCCCGGCGCUUUCCGCCAUCGGCGCCGGCUUCGCCAUCGGUCUCGCGGCCAUCGGCUCGGGAGUGGGCCAGGCCACAGCGGGUUGUCCAAACAUGAGUUCACUUCCGUCCAGAGAGUACUUGAAGGGCCAAGUCGUUUUGCAAUCUGGGCGGUUUCUCGAUGACGGCUGGUCGCUGCUUCUUACUCCGUUUCAGGGCAUUGCCAGCGGCCGCUGCAUUGACGGCAUUUCCCGUCAGCCGGUCGCAGACGACCUCCGCGGUGUCCUGCUGCUGUCCCUGGCCUUCAUGGAGUCCUUGACCAUCUACGGUCUUGUGAUUGCCCUGGUGCUCCUCUUCGCCAACCCCCUCAUCAAGAUCACCAGCCCAGCAUUUCUAGUGUCGAGCUUGGUUCUUGGCAUGCCGGAGGUGGGGAGCUUAGCCGAAGGCUUGCAAGGCGGACGUGCUCACGUGAUUCAACUCGGCUCAGUUUUAGCGUUUCUCCCGAUGGCCCGCUCUCUCUUCUUGACCGGUGCUGUGCUCCUUUGCAGCGGUGCGCUUUUCACGGCCUUCGUGGCCGCACCCCGUGCUGCUCCGGCCCCAACCACGCCGCAUGCCACCACAGCAGCCCUGAGCGCCAUCACGCUGGUGGCCCCGCAGGCAGCACACGCCGAGGACGGUGCCGUGUGGAUCCCGGCGCUCUCCGCCAUCGGCGCCGGCUUCGCCAUCGGUCUCGCGGCCAUCGGCUCGGGUGUGGGCCAGGGCAUUGCCAGCGGCCGCUGCAUUGACGGCAUUUCCCGUCAGCCGGAGGUCGCAGAUGACCUCCGCGGUGUCCUGCUGCUGUCCCUGGCCUUCAUGGAGUCCUUGACCAUCUACGGUCUUGUGAUUGCCUUGGUGCUCCUCUUCGCCAACCCCCUCAUCAAGUGA